CUCCCCAGCGUUCCUGCGUGAUGACGUCACCACCAGAAUACCACGCCCAGCGCUGCGUGAUGACGUCAUCGGCGGCGUGCCCCUGUGCCUGAAGCCGAGGAGACCCCGCAGCGAGCCGCCAACGCCCGGCGGAGACUCUGAGGUUCACAUUGGAGUUGAUACUGUAGCAGACUUCAGCUAUGCAGACGAUUAAGUGUGUAGUCGUGGGUGAUGGUGCUGUUGGUAAAACCUGUCUCUUAAUUUCUUACACAACAAAUAAAUUUCCAUCGGAAUACGUACCAACGGUUUUUGAUAACUAUGCUGUAACAGUGAUGAUUGGAGGAGAGCCUUACACUCUAGGCCUCUUUGAUACUGCAGGUCAGGAAGAUUAUGAUAGAUUACGACCCCUCAGCUAUCCACAGACAGAUGUAUUUCUGGUCUGUUUUUCAGUGGUAUCUCCUUCUUCAUUUGAAAAUGUGAAAGAAAAGUGGGUACCUGAAAUUACUCACCAUUGUCCAAAGACUCCUUUCCUGCUUGUUGGGACCCAAAUUGAUCUAAGAGAUGAUCCCUCAACAAUUGAAAAACUUGCCAAGAACAAGCAGAAGCCCAUAACUCCAGAGACGGCCGAAAAACUGGCCCGGGACCUGAAGGCUGUUAAAUAUGUGGAAUGCUCUGCGCUUACGCAGAAAGGCCUAAAGAAUGUAUUUGAUGAGGCGAUAUUGGCUGCCCUGGAGCCUCCGGAGCCGAAGAAGACUCGCAGGUGUGUGCUGCUAUGAACGUCCCUCCACAGCCCCUUCUGCAAAGCUGGUGUUUGAUGUCAUACUAAAAGCAAUGUUUAAAUCAAACUAAAGAUACAAAUUUUAAAAUUUGUUUUUGCAAUAAUGACAAAUACCCUGCACUCCCAUCUCCCCCACACGAUCCCCGUGUGAGAUGAGAAUGUUAGUGUUUAUUCCCCAGUGUCCCCUCAAUUCAGUUAAACUAGUUAAUUUUGAGUAAUUAUGUAGUAUCAGAAAACACUGAUCAGUACUAGUUUUUUAUUUUGUUUACUGUUUCUAAUUUUUUGUUUAAAAUCCAGGCAUGCUUGUGAUGACUUUUUUCUGUAACAGACUAAUUCUAGGCUGUUUUACUGAAGCCUUGCCCCUUCUGUCAGUCUGGCAAGACUUAGUUCUGGUUUCGAGAACUCCUAGGGCUGUUCUGCAGUCAGCCAGCAGCCUGUGUGCGAGCAGCCUUUCGUACUAAAGACAAAUACAGGAAAGUAAGAUGUCCCAAGCUGGUGCUCCUCUAAGGAGGAGUGUAGAAAAUGUAUCUGCAUCUCCUCUGAAGUUGCCUUGUAUCUCUCUUUCCCCCUGGCUUUCCACUGUGCAAGUCAUAAAUUUCUGCCCCGUCCUCUAAGUUAUAAAGUUUUAGGAACAGAAGAAUCCUUUUCCCUGGAUGCACCAUCAGACUUGAAACUAACUUGUCAGUCUCUUCAUGAGCUUUUGGUCAUGUGAUGAAGAAAUAACUGCACCUUUUAAAGCAUGCCCAACUGAUUCAGUUGGCUUUUAACAAGCCCAUCUCUCUGCCAAUCCUUUCUUAUUUGAGAAAUGCUUCCAAUGACCAGCAUACCCACUGCUGUUUGGAUGCACUGAAAGAACCUGGCAUGUAUUGGAAUGAGUUCUGGAGCUGGCCCUGAUGGUGCAUCACCUUACAAAGGUUCAGUGUCCUUCGAGGAAGGGUUGCAAGACAGACCUGUCAGUAGGAAGGAACUGUGGGGAGAGCUUCCUAGUGUUCAGUGCGGCACCAUACAGGGACCAGUGGAGGGAAUCCCCUUUUUCUGCAUUUUAAGUAGCCUUGAAGCUGUAAGAUGGGUUCCAGCCCAGCAAGGGGUGUGCGCUGGAUCUUUACAUAGACAGCAGUAUUUGUAGGGACUUUACCAAAAAAACACAUUUUGGCUUGCAAGUUAAAUUGCUUUUCUUUUACGGAAAAGACUUAGGGAAUCUUCUCCAUCUUCCCAAACUCCAAUCUCUUGUCAACUCAUUAGUGUUGAACCAAUGCUUUUUCAUGUCUAAGUUCUUUGUAUAUGCAUUCUUUUCAGAUGUAUUAAACAUAAAAUAUCUUCACAA